GGUCUACCGCCGUGUUAUUGUCCGCGACUAUAGGAAGGCUAUUUACAAAGCAAGCUCUCUAGCCAGUCUGCUUGCUGGAUUAGAGCAAUGCAUUGAAGGAAACGAGUCCCUCCACUCGCGAGGUGGCAUGCUUCAGCGCGACAUAUCGCUGAACAACCUCAUGGUGCACGAGGACGACGAAAACCCGUCCUGGCGGGCGUUCUUGAUCGAUCUCGACCUUGCCAUCAACGAACAGCGGGAGAUGUCUUCAGGGGCGCGUGGGAAGACCGGCACGCGAGCGUUCAUGGCAAUUGGAGUGCUUUUAGACGACGAACAAGACUCGUUCAUGCACGACCUUGAAUCAUUCUUCUGGGUCCUUUUCUAG